GAAGAGUGACAGAUGGUAAGUCCUCCUCCCCUAGGGACCCAAAUCUCCCUCAAUCCAACCGCACGUCAAUCAGAGGCUCCCGUGUGAUCGCUCCCGCGGAUGACGUGCCAACCAUAUGGCCUGGCAUCAGAGCUGGUACCAUGACUCGGUAGACAUGCCACCCUCUCCUCCUUUUGGAUUGCACUCUGAAGGAGCCUGAGAACCUCAAGGAGACUCUUCUACUCCCAGAAGAUGCUGUGAACCAUGUCAUAAAUUUCUUUAGCGCCUUGCUCUGGAGCAAUCAUGUUGACCAGGCUGUUCAGCGACACCAGUCUGAUUCCUGAGGUGCAGAAAUUUGCCUCCUGGACAGAUGAGUGUGAUGAGGAGGAUCUCAGUGACAGGGAUGAGAGUGAGAAAAGCCUACAGGAUAUCCAUACGGAAGAAUCUCAAAGUGAAAGCAAAGAAGAUGGAGAUAUUGGUGGGGAAGAUGAUGAGGAGGAUGAGGAGGAGGAAGGGACAGAGGAGAAUGAGGGGGAUAGGCCCAAAAAACGAGGGCCGAAAAAGAGAAAAAUGACCAAGGCCAGGAUGGAGAGGUCAAAGGUGAGAAGACAGAAGGCCAACGCACGGGAGAGAAACCGCAUGCACGACCUCAACUCCGCACUGGACAAUCUCAGGAAGGUCGUUCCAUGCUACUCCAAGACCCAGAAGCUGUCCAAGAUUGAGACCCUCAGGCUUGCUAAGAACUACAUCUGGGCCCUUUCUGAGAUCUUAAGGUCUGGGAAAAGGCCUGAUCUAGUCGCCUAUGUGCAAACCUUGUGCAAGGGUCUCUCUCAGCCCACCACCAACCUGGUGGCCGGCUGUCUGCAGCUGAACUCCAGGAAUUUCCUGACUGAGCAAGGUCAAGAUGCUGGGAGGUAUCAUGGCCCGAAUUCUUCUUUUGCCAUGCACCCUUACUCUUCUUACCAGUGCUCCCGGCUCUCAGGCUCCCAGUGUCAGUCAAGCUCAAUAGCCAGCUCUCAUGCUCUGAGGAGCCACGGCUACUGUGCCACCUAUGAGUCCAUCUAUGGUAACACAUCUCCAGACUAUAACAGCUCUGAGUAUGAUGCCCCUUUAAGCCCACCACUGUGCAUUAAUGGCAACUUCUCCCUCAAACAGGACUCAUCACCGGACAACGAUAAAAACUACCACUACUCUAUGCACUAUUCUACCCUGCCAGGCUCCAGGCCUUCCGGACAUAGCCUGCUGUUUGGAUCUUCUGGGAUGCGCAGUGGAGUUCACUCUGAGAACCUGUUGCCUUAUGAUAUGCACGUCCAUCACGAUAGGGCCCCAGUGUAUGAAGAACUCAAUGCUUUUUUCCAUAACUGACCAAUCCUGUUCCAAUUUUCUCAUGUGUGACUGUACAACUUGUGCCAAUUAAUUUGGAAGAACCAGUGGGGCAACAGGGCCUGGUGGACAAUGUCUCAUGCAGCCAAAUGUAUGAUGCUGGAACUUCUGUCCUCCAUUUGAGUUAAAUUUGGAGACCCGCGUGUUGUUCCUAAUGACCAUGCCAUCCUAGACUCAUGAUAUUUGUUUGGAGGCCCCAAAUGUAGGCCACCCAGCAGAUUGAGCUAACGCACAAUUCUAAGUUUUGUUGAGUUCAUCUAUUAUCUGACCAAUCAUAACUUAUGCAGAAACAUCAUAUUUUAGAUGUUCUGUAACUUAUUGCAUUGGAACAACACACUCUUGACCCCAAAGCUUGCACAUUGUGAGGCACAUCCACGCCAUCCCACCUGUUCACAGCCAUAUUCCAUGAAGGUCAUUCACAUCAUGUUUGCACAUAGAAUGUAAUCUGGGUUUAAGCACUUGUUUAUAUACAUGAUAAAAUCAUAGGCGUGUGCUCUUUGCCAUAUCUUAGCGUGCGGAAGCUAUUACGUGCUUACAAAACCUUUGGGUCCGCCCCUGAGAUGCAAUAUAGAAGCAAUUUCCUAGUAGUGUUGCUCUUAAUUAUUUUGCUGUACCCCAACACAGCUAAAGUCAACCAACGUUGCUGUAGUUAGAAUUGUGUUAUCAAUCAACAACCCUUUAAUAGUU